ACGUAGCGUUCUUACCCUCUCAGCCUCUCUUCAGUUCAGUUCAGUUGAUGGCUUCUCCAUGCUAGAAUAGAAUAGAUGAGCAGUGGCAUCAUUUAGCCAAUCGCAAUUCAAACCCUAACUUUGUUUCAUAUUAGCAUUUGCAAUCGGUUGGAUUCAAUGGCAGCACUGCCUACCCUCAAACGCCUACUGCUACGCAACCCAUCCAAUCCCCUUUCCCCUUUCCGAUCUCUCCAUGCCGGCGCCGGAGCAGGACACGCCAAUCACUCCGUCACCCUUAUACCUGGCGAUGGCAUCGGUCCUCUUGUUACCGGUGCCGUCCAACAGGUCUUUCAGGCUAUGCACGCUCCCAUCCAUUUCGAGCGCUUCCAAGUCCACGGAGACAUGAACACCGUGCCUCCUGAGGUCAUUGCCUCCAUCCGCAACAAUAAGGUCUGCCUCAAGGGUGGCUUGAAGACUCCCGUCGGUGGAGGUGUCAACUCCCUCAACGUUCAGCUCAGGAAAGAGCUUGAUCUCUACGCCUCGCGCGUCCAUUGCUUCAAUUUGCAGGGGCUGCCUACACGCCACAACAAUGUCGAUAUCGUCGUCAUUCGGGAAAACACCGAGGGUGAAUAUGCCGGCCUUGAACACGAGGUUAUUCCGGGCGUUGUGGAAAGCUUAAAGGUGAUAACAAAAUUUUGUUCAGAAAGGAUUGCAAAGUAUGCUUUUGAAUAUGCACAUCUCAACAACCGUAAGAAAGUGACUGCUGUGCACAAAGCGAAUAUUAUGAAGCUUGCUGAUGGUCUGUUUUUGGAAUCUUGUCGUGAGGUUGCUAACAAGUACCCUGAUAUUGAGUACGAUGAGAUCAUUGUGGACAACUGUUGUAUGCAACUUGUUUCAAAGCCUGAGCAAUUUGAUGUUAUGGUGACCCCAAAUCUGUAUGGGAAUCUGGUGGCAAAUACAGCAGCUGGUAUUGCAGGAGGAACUGGUGUGAUGCCAGGAGGAAGUGUGGGGGCAGAGUGUGCGAUUUUCGAGCAAGGUGCCUCAGCUGGAAAUGUGGGAAAUGAGAAAAUAAUAGCACUAGAGAAGGCAAAUCCAGUGGCCUUGCUUCUUUCUUCUGCCAUGAUGUUAAGGCACAUGCAACUUCCUUCAUUUGCAGAUAGAUUAGACGCGUCGGUGAAGCGCGUAAUAGCUGAAGGUGAACACAGGACCAAAGAUAUUGGAGGAAGCAGCACCACUCAGCAAGUGGUGGAUGCUGUCAUUGCAAAUUUGGACAGAAGAGUAGAAUGAAUAUAGAUUAGAUUUUCCCUCUCCUCUCCAUCUUAUAUUGAUUUAUCGAUUGGGGAGUAUUAGUACUCCGUAUUAUUUUUCUUUUCUUUUUCAAUGCUGCCUGCAGCAUAUCAUAAUGAUUAAUGAAUAAUGGAUGGAUGGGUUGUUCGUUUCAGAUAUAUAAUAAUAAAAUUGGCGUG